GAUGGUGACAAAUUCAUUGUGAAGCACAGUAGAGGGAGUAUCAUGGUUUUCAGUCAGCAUGUUUUUCUUGCUGCUGGACACUUCUGACAGCCUCUGAAGGGAGUGUGAAGAAAAAGUAUUAAAAUAGAGCAGAAGUCUGACCUCAAAGCUAGGAAAGGUUGUAUGUUUGGAGAGAAGUCAGCAGGUGAUCAAGUUUUUUGAUGCCAAGGCAGUCUUGACUUCUGUUUAAUGAAAUCCCCAGUUCUCAAAAUGUAUUAAUUCUUUAACAAUAUUUGGUUUAUUGUAAAGGGGAAUUUAAACCUAAAUAAAACCUAAAAUAAAAAAGUGUUUUGGGCAUUGAAACAUUUUCAAACUAAUUUCUUAUAGAUAAAAAUUAUACUUUUGUUUCACUCUGCUUACAGUUUUCUAUUUGACAUAAAUAAUAAAAUCAUUUUAUCAGUUUCAUUCAAGAAAAAAACGUAAAUAAAAUUGUAAGUACUGGAUAAUAUGAUCUGAAAAGAACCGAACCCCCUUUUCUGGAUCGUUGUGAUGACGUCACAGCGCACUGGCGUAAAGUGGUCACGUUUACGACGUACAGGAAGAGAGUUGCAGAAACUAAAACAAACGUUUCAUCAACGUGAGUUUUGGGGAUUUCCAUUGACCUGAGCGACUCAACGAAUAGCUGACCUCAUGGCCCUCAAUAAGUCCAUGCAUCAUCGGAACCGGUACAAGGACAAACCGCCGGACUUUGCUUACCUGGCUUCCAAAUAUCCAGAGUUUCGGCAGUACGUGCACACCAGCCUCGCCGGACGACCUGUGGUGAACUUUAAAGAGCCGGAGGCGGUGAGGGCGCUGACCUGCACCCUGUUGAAGGAGGACUUUGGAUUGACGAUCGAGAUCCCUCUGGAGCGCCUCAUACCCACAGUCCCCCUCCGUCUGAACUACAUCCACUGGGUGGAGGACCUGAUCGACGGCCAGAAGCAGCCGCGCAGAGGCAUCGACAUCGGUACCGGAGCAUCGUGCAUCUAUCCUUUACUGGGGGCCACCAUGAACGGCUGGUACUUCUUGGCCACAGAGGUGGACGACAUCUGCUUUGACUAUGCUAAGAAGAACGUGGAUCAGAACAACAUGUCCGACCUGAUUAAAGUUGUCAAAGUCCCACAAAAGACGUUACUGAUGGACGCCUUGAAGGAAGAGACAGAAAUAGUGUACGACUUCUGCAUGUGCAACCCUCCUUUUUUUGCCAACCAGCUAGAAGCCAAGGGGGUGAACUCCAGGAACUCAUGGCGACCUCCUCCCAGCUCGGUGAACACGGGCGGGGUGACGGAGAUCAUGGCGGAGGGAGGCGAGCUGGAGUUUGUUAAGAGAAUCAUUCAUGACAGCCUGCAGCUCAAGAAACGUCUCAGGUGGUACAGUUGCAUGUUGGGGAAGAAAUGUAGCCUGGCACCUUUGAAAGAGGAGCUGAGGAAGCAAAGGGUGCCUAAAGUGACCCACACCGAGUUCUGCCAAGGUCGCACCAUGAGAUGGGCGCUGGCCUGGAGUUUCUAUGACGACGUGAUUGUCCCUUCUCCUCCCAGUAAGAAGCGUAAACUGGAGAAGACUCAGAAGCCGCUGUCCUUCACGCUUCCUCGGGAAGGACUAAAGGAGCUCCAGGUCAAGGCCUCGGCAGCAGGCUGCACCGGCAGCAGCUCUGUGGACAGCGUCACUACUCUGCUGGAGAAAACUCUCACGGAGCUCAGGGUGCUGCAUAAACGUGUGCCUUGCACAGCCCAGCAGCAAAGUCUCUUUCUGACAGCUGUGGAGAACACCUGGAUCCACGGGCGACAGAAGAGACGUGAACAGAACCGUCAGCUGCGAGAGCUUCCCAGAGCUCCUCCCUGUGCUGGAACCAGCUGUCAAACCAGUGUGACCACGGCUGCGUCAGAAACAGCCCUUUCCUCCCAAAGACAGCCCGUCUCCACAGCAAACAGCAGCAGCCAAGACGAGUCUGCCAAGUGUCCAGUGUCAUUAAAUGAGUCGAGCAAAGAAAGAAAAAACGUAACAGAGGAUGUAUCAGAACGUGCAGCAGGUGAGGAUGUGGACAUGGACUCCUCCAGCUGCACAGAAACGGUGCAGGAAAGGGACCUGAAGGAAAACCCUGCUGCUCCCUCACAGCCCCGGAUCCAAGGCCCUCUGGAACACUUUCUGUUCAAGUGUCUGCUGAAUGUGAUUGCAGAGGAAGGAGGUGUAAGUGUAGAGAUGCACUGGGUCGAGGGUCACAACAAGGACCUGAUGAACCAGCUGCGCACUUACCUGAGGAAUUCCCUUCUGAAAUCAGUGGCAAGUGUUCAGUAAAUGAGAUAUAUUUUAAAAUGGUUUGCGCAGACAAACACAAGUAUUGAUUUUUAGAACGGAUUUUGAAAAGUCUUGUUUGUUUUAUUUACUUGAAAACUGCAAGUUUAUACUAGUAUCAGUAUCACAUUUCCUGCUUUGUUUACAUUUAAGGGUGAUUUAUACUAUGUUCUCAAAAUUCUGUAAACAUUUUGAAUAAAUGUUCUAUAUUA